AUGUUCCGAACAGCUCUCCUCCAAUCGACGCGGUGUUUCGCUCAGGCUGGCGUCCGCGCUGCGCAACCCGUCGUGCGAUCUGCUGCCAUCCGCAGCCCCUUCAUCACAUCCCAGAUCGCCACACCUGCGACUUCUCUCUCGGCUGUGCGAUGCUAUGCUUCCGGCUCCGGACUCGGCAAGGAGGAGGUCACAGGGCGCAUCGUUGAUUUGUUGAAGAACUUUGACAAGAUUCAGGAGAAUGCCCAUUUUUCCAACGACCUGGGACUUGACAGCUUGGACACCGUUGAAGUCGUUAUGGCGAUAGAGGAGGAGUUCAGCAUCGAGAUCCCCGACAAGCAGGCAGAUGCCAUUCACAGUGUCAACCAAGCCGUCGAGUACAUCCUCUCACAGCCUGAUGGUACGUAG